AUGAAUAACCAAAUAGUACUCAGUUUAGAUCAUUGUAAUGUAUUGUACAAUACAUAUAUUAGUACUACUACUACUACCAGUAAUAAGGUACCAUCAUUUAAAUUUAAUAAAGAUUUAUCAAUUAAUGAUAAUUUAAAUAAUUUGAGUCAAUAUGCUUUAAAAUAUCCAUUAGUUUGUUAUUAUUGUUAUCAACCAAUAUACUUAGAAUUAAUAGCAAGAUUAAUUAAUAAUACUACUACCAACAACAACAACAAUAGUAUUAAAGUAGUAUCAUCAUUAACUAAAUUGAUUAAUAUAUCUCAUCAAAUAUUAAAUUUAUUAGAAUAUUAUUUGAAUACAACUAAUGAUAUAUUCAAUAAGAUAUCCCUGUUGAAUACUAAAGAAUUGGAAUCUGCAUUAUUAAGUUAUUAUAGAAUCAUUAAAUAUGAUCAUCAUAGAUUUAAAUCAUUAAUUAAACCUCAUUUAUUAUAUCAAUUAAUUACAUCCAAUAAUCAAGCCAAUGAUAUUUGUAAAUAUCUUGCAAUUCAAAUCAUUUCAAUCUAUUUACAAGCUUCUGAAUCUUCUAAAAAUAAAAUGAUUAAUACCCAUGUCAAUAUCAAUAAUUUAACAACUACAACUGAAGAUGGAGAAUCUAUUGAUUAUACAUUCAUUGCAUUAUUAGAAGCUAAACGUAUUUCAAACUUUUUAAGUUUACCCGAAAUAACUCAACCCACCACCAUUUCAAAAAAUAGCAUAACUAUUGAAACUACAGACUUAUCUCCACUUAUCACUUCAAUCUGUGGAAUCUUAAUCCCUAACUUACAUGCUGUUACAACCACCACCGCCACUACUCAACCAAUUGAAGAUACUGGAUUUGUACCAACUAAAAGCGCAGUUGAAGUCUUACGUAAACUUGCCCACAACAUCCAAAUCAACAAACCAGUAAUGUUAUAUGGAAAAGCAGGGUCAGGAAAAACUUUCUUAAUCAAUCAAUUAGCCAAUUAUAUGUCAUAUACUGAUUCAAUUGUUAAAAUCCAUUUAGGUGAACAAACUGAUGCAAAAUUAUUAUUGGGUACUUAUGCAAGUGGUGAUAAACCAGGAACUUUUGAAUGGAGAACUGGGGUUUUAACUUCUGCUGUUCAACAAGGGAAAUGGGUAUUCAUUGAAGAUAUUGAUAAGGCUCCAACUGAAGUCUUGUCGGUAUUAUUGACAUUAUUAGAAAAGAGAGAAUUAAGUAUUCCAAGUCGUGGAGAAGUUAUUAAGGCCAAGAAUGGUUUCCAAUUAUUUUCAACUAUUAGAAUGGAUGAAUCUCAAACUAUGCCUGAUUUGAUUGGAAUGAGAUUAUGGGAAUUAAUUAAGGUGGAUGUACCUAAUGAAAUGGAUUUAAAGAACAUUUUAAUAACGAAAUUCCCAUUAUUAAAGAAUUUGAUUAUUGGUUUUAUUAAAUGUUAUCAAGAAAUCAUGAAAAUUUAUUCAUUAACUUCAUUUGUUUCAUUGAAUAAAGGGUCUCAUCCAAGAGUUAUUUCAUUCCGUGAUUUAAUGAAAUUUUGUGCAAGAUGUAACAAUAUGUUCUUAAGUGAAGGUAUUACAAGUCCUGAUCAAUUAUUAGAAUCUUCAAUCUACGAUAAUAUCUUUGCUGAAGCAGUUGAUUGUUUUGGAAGUGCAAUUACUGAACCAGCGGCUUUAAAACCUUUGAUCAAUGCAAUUGGUGAAACUUUAGAAAUCCCAACUUCUAGAAUCAAUUUAUUCUUAACUAAACAUAUUCCAAUGCUUAUUAAUGAUGAUGAGAAAUUGAAAAUUGGAAGAAGUGUACUCAAAAAGACAAUCACUGACAAAACAUUAAACAAAAGAUCAACAUCUUCUAGUGGUGGAACAUUUGCAAGAACUAAUCAUUCACUUCGUUUAAUGGAACAAAUUGGUGUGGCUAUUGAUAUGACAGAACCAGUUCUUUUGGUUGGUGAAACAGGUACUGGUAAAACCACUGUUGUUCAACAAGUUGCAAAACUCAUGAAUAAGAAAUUAACCGUCAUUAAUGUCUCACAACAAACUGAAGUAGGGGAUUUAUUAGGUGGAUAUAAACCAGUGAAUACUAAGACAGUUGCAAUUCCAAUUCAAGAAUCUUUUGAAACUAUCUUUACUGCAACUUUUUCCGAAAAGAAGAAUGAAAAAUUUUCAAGAAUCUUAUCCAAAUGUUUCAACAAAUCUCAAUGGAAGAAUGUGAUUAAAUUAUGGAGAGAAGCAUUACGUAUGGCAAAAGAUAUUUUAUCCCAACCAGAAACUCCUGAUGAUGAAGCACCAAGAAAGAAGAGAAAAUUGAACAAUAUUGAAAAGACAACAUUAUUAGAUCAUUGGCAUGAAUUUGAAACCAAAAUUGCCGAAUUUGAACUCCAAGCAACUACUUUAGAUUCAUCAUUUGUAUUUAAUUUCGAGGAAGGUUCAUUAGUGAAAGCAGUCAGAAAUGGUGAAUGGCUCUUAUUAGAUGAAUUAAAUCUCGCAACAUCUGAUACAUUGGAAAGUAUUGCCGAUUUAUUAGCUGAAAGUAAUAGAUCUAUCUUAUUAACUGAACGUGGAGAUGUGGAAUCAAUUGUGGCUCAUCCUGAUUUUAGAAUUUUUGGAUGUAUGAAUCCAAGUACCGAUGUUGGAAAACGUGAUUUACCAAUGUCAAUUAGAUCAAGAUUUACGGAAAUAUAUGUCCAUUCCCCCGAUAGAGAUAUUGAAGAUUUAUUAUCAAUUAUAGAUAAAUAUAUUGGAAGAUAUGCCGUUGGUGAUGAAUGGGUUGGUAAUGAUAUUGCGGAAUUAUAUUUACAUGCAAAACAAUUAGCUGAGGAGAAUAAAAUUGUUGAUGGAGCUAAUCAAAGACCACAUUUUAGUAUUAGAACCUUGACCAGAACAUUAGUUUAUGUGUGUGAUAUUGUUGGGAUUUAUGGAUUGAGAAGAUCGUUAUAUGAAGGGUUUUCAAUGUCGUUUUUGACUUUAUUGGAUGGGAAAUCUGAAGAAUUGUUACGUCCUUUGAUUGAGAAGUAUACUAUUGCAAGAUUAAAGAAUGCUAAUUCGGUCAUGAAGCAGAUCCCACCUACACCAGGGAAUGAGGGUGAAUAUGUUCAAUUUAGACACUAUUGGAUGAAACAUGGUCCUGAACAAGUAGUCCCACAACCACAAUAUAUCAUUACUCCAUUUGUUGAAAAGAAUAUGUUGAAUUUAGUUAGAGCUACUUCUGGUAGAAGAUUUCCGGUAUUGAUUCAAGGUCCAACAUCAACUGGUAAAACAUCAAUGAUUAAUUAUUUAGCCAAUAUCACGGGACAUAAAUUCGUCAGAAUUAAUAAUCAUGAACAUACAGAUUUGCAAGAAUAUUUAGGGACUUAUAUCUCCGAUAGUACUGGGAAAUUAGUAUUCAAAGAAGGGAUUUUAGUUGAAGCAUUAAGAAAAGGUCAUUGGAUCGUAUUGGAUGAAUUAAAUUUAGCUCCCACUGAUGUAUUAGAAGCUUUGAAUAGAUUAUUAGAUGACAAUCGAGAAUUAUUCAUUCCAGAAACCCAAGAAAUCAUCCGUCCACAUCCUGAUUUCAUGUUAUUCGCCACCCAAAACCCCCCAGGAUUAUAUGGAGGCAGAAAACAAUUAUCAAGAGCUUUUAGAAAUAGAUUUAUGGAAUUGCAUUUCGAUGAUAUCCCCCAAGAUGAACUUGAAGUUAUUUUGAAACAAAGAUGUCAGAUCGCUCCAAGUUAUGCUAAAAAGAUUGUGGAAGUAUAUCGACAAUUAUCUAUUCAAAGACAAUCGACAAGAUUCAUGGAACAGAAGAAUUCAUUUGCAACAUUGAGAGAUUUGUUUAGAUGGGCGAUGAGAGAUGCGGUUGGAUAUGAACAAUUGGCUGCGAAUGGAUAUAUGAUCUUAGCUGAACGUGUCAGAAAGGAAGAUGAGAAGAAAGUGGUCCAGCAGGUGAUUGAAAAAGUGAUGAAGGUGAAAUUGGAUAUGGAUGAGUAUUAUAGAAGUUUGGAGAUUCCAGAAGUGUUUGAGAGUGAUAGUUCGAUUGUUUGGACGAAGGCAAUGAGAAGACUUGCAGUUUUGGUGUUUACUUCAAUUAAAUAUAAAGAACCUUUGUUAUUGGUAGGUGAAACUGGAUGUGGGAAAACUACUGUAUGUCAAGUUAUUGCAAAUUUCUUGCUGAAAGAAUUGGUGACGGUGAAUGCUCAUCAAAAUACUGAAACUGGAGAUUUAUUAGGUGCUCAAAGACCAGUAAGAAAUAAAUUUGAAACUCAAGGGAAUUUGAUUAAUGAUUUAGUUGGAUUGUUUGAUAAGAUGAAAGUGGAAGUUCCUGUUGAAUUUACGUUGGAUAAUCUUUUGAAUCAAUUUAAACAACUUAAAGUUAUUCCUGAAGAACAUGAUGAAAUUGUGACUAGAAUUGAACAAGGAAGGAAAAACUUAUCCCUGCUUUUUGAAUGGAAUGAUGGUCCUUUGAUUCGUGCCAUGAAACAAGGUGAUUUCUUUUUAUUGGAUGAAAUUUCAUUAGCUGAUGAUUCUGUUUUAGAAAGAUUGAAUUCGGUAUUGGAACCUGAACGUAGUUUAUUAUUAGCCGAAAAAGGAUCAACUGAAGAUGCAUUCAUUACUGCCACCAAUGAUUUCCAAUUCUUGGCUACUAUGAAUCCAGGAGGUGAUUAUGGGAAGAAAGAACUUUCGCCUGCAUUGAGAAAUAGAUUUACUGAAAUUUGGGUACCUCUGAUGGAAGAUUUUAAUGAUGUGAGUCAAAUUGUGGAAGCAAGAAUUAAACAUAAAGAACUUACAUCUGCAAUUGUUGGAUUUUCUGAAUGGUAUGCUAAACAAUUUGGUGGUGGACAUACAAAUAAUGGGGUUAUUUCAUUACGUGAUAUUUUAGCCUGGGUUGAUUUUAUUAAUUCUUGUGGUGAUGAAUUGGAUCCUUUAGCAGCAUUAGUUCAUGGUGCAAGUAUGGUUUUCAUUGAUGCUUUGGGUACUAAUAAUACUGCAUAUUUGGCUGAAAAUGAAUCAAGAUUGAAAACUGUCAAGAAUGAAUGCUUGGCUCAAUUAUAUCAAUUUGCUGAAUCUGAUUUAUCUGAAUAUAUUACAAGUAAUUUCCAAGUUUCAUACACAAGCGAUAAACUUGCAGCUGGAUUAUUUUCAAUUCCAGUCAUUGAAAAUACUGGACAUAAUAAAUCAUUCAAUCUUGAAGCACCAACCACAGCAGCCAACGCCAUGAGAGUUAUCAGAGCUAUGCAAGUCAAGAAACCAAUUUUGUUAGAAGGUAGUCCCGGUGUAGGUAAAACCAGUUUAAUCACUGCAUUGGCAAAUGCAACAGGAAAUCCAUUGGUUCGUAUCAAUUUAUCAGAACAAACUGAUUUAGUAGAUUUAUUCGGAUCAGAUGCACCAGCAGAAGGUGGGAAAGCAGGUGAAUUUGUAUGGAGAGAUGCUCCAUUCUUGAGAGCAAUGCAAAGAGGUGAAUGGGUUUUAUUGGAUGAAAUGAAUUUAGCAUCACAAUCAGUAUUGGAAGGGUUGAAUGCAUGUUUGGAUCAUCGUGGUGAAGCAUAUAUUCCAGAAUUGGAUAAAGCAUUUAAGAGACAUCCUAAAUUUACUGUAUUUGCAGCUCAAAAUCCUCAAUAUCAAGGUGGUGGAAGAAAAGGAUUACCUAAAUCGUUUGUGAAUCGUUUUACAGUUGUUUAUGUUGAUACUUUGAAGUCAGGAGAUCUUAAUAUGAUCUCACAACAUUUGUAUCCUGAAGUAGAUCCAGAGAAUUGUGGGAAAUUGAUUGAAUUUAUGUCGGAGUUGGAAGAUGAAGUUGUUGUGAAGAAAUUAUGGGGUAUGGCUGGAAGUCCAUGGGAAUUUAACUUGCGUGAUUCGUUAAGAUGGUUGAGUCUUUAUACUAGUGGAAAUAUUAGUCAAGAUAUUGCAAUUGAUGAUUUUUUGGAAAUGAUUAUUUGUCAAAGAUUUAGAAAUGGUGAUGAUAAACUUAAGGCUCAGAAAUUAUUUGAAUCUAUAUUUGGUGAAUCUAAUAAAAGGGAUAAUUAUUUCUUUAUGUCUGAUUCAUUUGUUCAAUCUAAUGGUUCUUUGGUGGCUAAACAGGAUGUUAUUCAAUAUAUUAGUGGUGAUUGUCUUUUACCUUUACAAUGUAAUUUUAAACUCAUUGAAACUUCAUUAAGAUGUAUUACCCAUAAUAUUCCAUUAAUUCUUACUGGUCCAACUAAUUCAGGUAAGACCAAUUUAAUUAGAUUUUUGGCUACUACUUUAGGUGUGAAGCUUGAUGAAUUUUCCAUGAAUAGUGAUGUUGAUUCUAUGGAUAUUUUGGGUGGUUAUGAACAAGUUGAUCUUUCCAGAGAAAUUAAUUCUUUGGUUGAUAGAAUUUAUGCGGUGGUUUCUGAUUUAGCAGUGCUUAAUUUAAGAUCUCAAGAGUCUACUGAAACUAGUGUAUUAUCUAAAUCAUUAGAAUUAGUUGAAUAUAUUGAAAAGUCAGCUAUUGAUACUGAAUCAUAUGAUAAAUUCCAUAAAUUAUUCGUUGAGUUUACUCAACUUUAUAUCCUGAAUGAAAUUAAUCCAUUAUUAGAAUCAUCCAAUAAAUUAAUUGAAAAGCUUAGUGAAGAAAGAAGUGCCAGAUUUGAAUGGUUUGAUGGUUUGUUGGUGCAAGCAGUUGAAAAGGGAAAUUGGUUAGUUUUGGAUAAUGCCAAUUUAUGUAGUCCUUCAGUAUUGGAUAGAUUGAAUUCGUUAUUAGAAACCAAUGGAAGCUUGAUUAUCAACGAAUGCAGUUUGGCUGAUGGUCAACCAAGAAUAUUGAAACCACAUCCUAAUUUUAGAUUAUUCUUGACUAUGGAUCCAAGAUAUGGUGAAUUAUCCCGUGCUAUGAGAAACAGAGGAAUUGAAGUAUAUAUGGAAUCAUUGGAUGUCAGGGUUACAAAGUUUGAUUCUCAAGUUCUUGGUAUUACGAAAGAAGGAAAUGUUCCAGCAUCAUCAUUUGAUUUUAGUAGAGAUACUAGUAUGAGACCAUUUGGAUUGAUUAAUGAUAUGUUGAAUUCUGAAGAAAAAGGAGAUGACUGUCAAUCAAUUAGUGCAAUUUUAAGUGUGAUUCCUUUGGCUGAUAUUUCAAUGGUUAAUAAAUGGAAAGAAUUUAUUCAAUCCAGUCCAGAAUUUAAUGAAGCUGAUAAGAAAUGUGGAGAAGUUAUUGCUAAGACAUUGAAUCUGUUUGGAGAAGAUGAUUCAUUAUUUGCUAAAUUUUCUGAAAUGUAUCAAGAAUCAGAAGUUAUUGCUAGUGAGAUUUUGAAGAAGAAUGUUCAAUUUGCCAAAUUCCAAUCAUUGCAUCCAUUGAUUAAUGUUUACUUAAUUUCAUCAAUUCUUGCCAAUCAUAAAUCUAUUGCAAGUGAAGAACCAACAAUGUUAAGUGAAGUUAUGUGGUCAAUUCUUGAAAUGAAUGAUAGUAUCAACAAGUUGGAAUCAGAUGCCAUGAAUAAGAAGAUCCAUGAUUUGACAUAUUUAGAAAAAUCAGCAGCAUUUGCAUUAGGAAGAAAUAUCAAAACUCCACCAAGAUUAGAGAUUUAUGAAUUUUCCAAGAACAUUUAUGGUUAUAUUUUAGCUACUUUCAAUGAAUCUUUUGUUGGUGGAUACAACUUAUUUUCAGAACCAGUUUAUUUACCACUUCAUGAACUUAUCUUACUUUGGAAAGGAUUGAUUGUCACUUCUCAAGCACAAAAUGAAUCAAAAUUAAGAGUCUAUCAAGAAUUAAUUUCCAAAUGGUGUGAAAAGUAUGGAGAAUCAAGUUUGAUUAUUAUCAAGAAUUUGAAUCAAUUGCAAUCUUCAAUUAGUUCAUUUGCUAGUGAACUUGUAUUAAAGUCAGGUAUUUCUAUGAAUGAUCUUUGGGAGUCAAGUAGAGGAGUAUAUCCACAAUCGGAACAAUCUUGGGAAAACUUGAAGGUAUUAUAUGAUUUAAUUAAUGAAUUUGACAAAGUAGCUACCGAACAAUUCCAUGAAUCUAAAGAAGUUGUCGCUGAAUUGGCUAAAUUUAUUGUUGAGUUACAUCAAUCUAUUGUCAAAGAUGAAUAUGAGGAUCAAGAAGAAUUAAUGGCCAUCUUUGGAAAAUUACAACAAGGUAUUGCUGAAUUGAAAAAAGUUUCUCAAACAUUUGUUGAUCAACGUCAGAAUAACUUCCAAGAAGAAUUCACGACAAUUUGUAACUUUAUUGAAUCAUCUCAACAACUUGAAUCAACCAAAAAGAAUGAUAAUUUAUUUGAAUUAUAUUACUUUUCCAAGAAAUCUGCUUUGUCAUUAGUUAAGAAUGCCAACAAUGCAUUUGAACCUUAUCCAUCAAUAUUUGAAAGUUUAUGGGAUAAUAGUGAAGGUGGAAGUUCAGAAUCAAGAGUUCCUGGUUUGUUCAGCUGUAAUUUAAUCACAUCAUUAUUAAAUAAAUCAAUGUCACCUGAAUCUGUUUCUGGAAAAUUGUUGGAUCAAACUAAUGCUGAUAUGAAGGAAAUUUCUCGUGCCAUGGUUGUCCAUUCUUCAUCGAUUUUGAAAGAUCAAAAGCAAGUAUUUAAGAAAUUAUUAUUUGCUUGGUUUAUGAAAGUAUUGGAAGCGCAUAGACCUUCUAUUGGAGAUGAAGUAGUUGAUGAAUUUGUUGAAUUGGUUGAAAUUGACUUUACAAGGGCAAUUGAAAAAUUGUUAUUCGCAUUCCAAGAAAUUGAAGUGGGGAAGAUUUUUGAAACAUUUAUGAUUCCUGCAUUGAUAUUAAUUGAUAAUGAAACAUCUUUGCAAUCAAUUGGUAAAGCAUGGGUAUUGUUUUCUUGUGGUUUAAUUCAGUUAUAUGUUCCAAGUUCUCCAUAUGAUCCAGCUAUUAGAGAAUAUGUUGUUUUCCAAGUCUAUGAUGAUCAAAAGAAAUUUGCUGAACAACUUAUAUCAGCUUGGAAGAAUACCAGAGAAGUCAUAAGUGGUAACGAAAAGAUAUUUAUUGAAUCUACAUUGACCAAUAUUGAUGAUUUGGAAGCUCCUAAUAAACCAAAAGUAUAUCGUGGUGGAUCUUCUAGAAUUGAUGGAUUAUUUGAAGAAUGGAAAUCAUUUAUGGAAUCUUCGAUUGAUAUUGCACCAAUUGAGAAAUUAUUAGAAUCUGCUUUAGAAUUUUCAUCAUUGAGUAAGAGUAGAAUGGGGAUGUUCCAAAACAAUGCAUCACAAUUCAUAAUGAGAUUGAAUCAAAAUUAUAUGGUUUAUUCUGAUUUGAAUGAUAUUUUACAAGGAUAUAUAUUUGGAUUGAAGUUGGGAUUUGAUUUAGUUUCAAUUGGUGGCGAUCAAUUAAUUGGUAAACACAAAUAUAAUGAAAGUUGGUCAAUCAAUCUUGCAGAAAUAACCAAUAUGGAUUCAAUUUUAUCAAUGUUCCCUAAAGCAAAAGACUUUGUUAAAGAUAUUGGAGUUGAUUCACCAGCUGCUGAAUUCACUAUGUUAUAUUUUGUUAAAUUGGCAUUUGCCCAUGGUACAAUCGAUAAAGGAAAUUCACAAGAGAUAUUGGUUCAAGCAUUGCAAUCUUUGUAUUACAGAUGGUCACUUCGUCGUAUUAAAGAAGAAAAGGACAAUAUUCAAAAGGGUAGUUUAUACAAAUAUACCGAUCCAGAUGAAGAUAUUGAAGGUGAUUUCAUGAAAUUGUUCCCUGAUUUUGAAGAUGUUAUGAAUAUUGAUGAAGGCGCAGGAAUCAAGAAGACUAAUCAAAGUUUCGAAUCUAUCUAUGAAAGAAUUGCUUCUUCUUAUGUCAAGGAAUUUGCCGAUGUUAAUGAAAAGGAAAAUGCUGGUGAUAUUCUUAAUGAAGGUGCUGAAUUGAUUACUAUAUUAUCCAAAUAUAGUGGAAAGUUAGACCAUGGUGAAAAUAAUGCGUCAAUUUUAUCAACAUUAGUCAAUACCAUGUCGAAAUGUUUUAAUAAAUUCAACCAACCAAUUAGUGAAUUUAAUUUCUAUCAAGAUAGUAAUCCAGCAGAAAUCAAGAAAGCUAGUAUUACCAUGAGAUCAGUUCAUAGAUUUACAUUGAAAUUAUUAGAACAAUGGCCGGAACAUGCCACAUUAAAGAAUAUUGCAUUUGCAUCCAAUGAAUUCUUGACUUAUCCAAUUGGAUUACCUUUAGGAAGAUAUUUACAAAAAGUGGAACAGAUUUAUACUUUUAUUGCUGAAUGGAAUAAAUAUGCAUCUAAACAAGUUUCAAUGAGUGAACAAUUUGAUUUAUUAACUGGAUUGAUUGUGUCAUGGAGAAAAUUAGAAUUAUCUACUUGGAAAGCAUUGUUUAAAUUUGAAGAAGAAGCUGUUGAACUGAAUAUUGGAAAAUGGUGGUUUUAUUUAUUUGAAGUCAUAAUUAUGCCUGUAUUAUCUGGUGGUGAUGAAGAGGAUGAAGAAUCAGCAACUAAAAUAUUAUCAGCAUUGAAUAUAUUCAUGAGUAAAGUAACAUAUGGGGAAUAUAGAAGUAGAUUGAAUUUAUUAAAGGCUUUUAGAAACCAUGUUAAUCAACUUGAUUCAGCCAAUCCAAUAAUUGAUUCACUUUCCAAUUUUAUUGAUUUCUAUGCUCAAUUUGAAUCUACCAUUGUUACCAAGAUUGAAGAAUCCAAGAAGAAAUUAUCCAAAGAUGUGAAUGAAGUGAUUUUGUUGGCCAGUUGGAAAGAUGUCAAUAUUGAUGCUUUGAAACAAAGUGCUCGUCGUUCUCAUAAUAAUCUUUAUAAGAUAGUAAGAAAGUAUCGUUCCUUAUUAGCUAUGCCAGUUCAACCAAUUAUCGAACUGGGAAUUUCAUCUGAAGUGAAACCAAAUAUCACAUUAUCUCCAUUACCAAGAAUUCAAGGAUCAGUCCAUUUAUCUAAUGAAUUAGAAUUAUGUGAAUCAGUAUCCAGUUGGAAUGAAAGACCAAAGAGAUUGCAAAACAUUUCUUUAAUUGAAAAAAAUAUGAAGAUUUAUGUGGAUAGAAUCACCAAUGAAGAAAUUCCAACAUUAUAUGAAUAUGCCAAAGAAAUCAUUGCUGAAAUGGAUAGACUCAAACAAGAAACUCCAAGCACUCUUAAAGAUGACAAUAAGAAACUUGUGGCGGCAUUAAAAACCCAAAAGAGGAAAUUAUUAAGUGAUACAAUUCGUGAAAUUAGAAGAAGUGGAUUAAAAACCAGUUUGAGAGCAGAUAUUUUAGCGACUCAAGGAUCUGUGAGUCAAAUUCUUGCUAAUUCGGUUAGUUUUCUGGGACAAGCACAAGGCGUUGAUGGAUAUUUCUUUAGGAUUUUGGAUAUUUUACCAAGAUUGAGAGCUUCAGUUGCAAAUGUGGCUGAAGAUGUUCCACAAGUGGAUGUUGAAAAGGGAUUGAGUGCAACUGAGAAUUUGAUUCAUACACUUGUUGUUAAUCGUGUUCCAUUGGCUAUGUUGGAGAAGAAUAUGGAGAAGUUGAAUGAAUUAUAUGGUGCUUUGCAUAAUGUAAGUGGUGGUGAUGGGUUAUUGCCUGUUAGUAUUGUUGAUUCAUCUAAAUGGAACCUUGAACAAAUUAAGAGGGUGAUUUAUUGGUUGCCUAGGUUAUUGGACUAUGCAAUUGAGACUAUUGGAUCAGUUGUUUCAUUUGGAUUUGAAGAUGUGAAUGCUGAGGUUAUUUAUAACUUGAAGUUGAAAUUAUCUGAAUUAAUCAGAUUAUUCCAAGAAUUAGAUGCUAAUAGAAGAGUUUUAACUACUAGAGUCAAGGAUUUCAUUCAUAAAUUUUCACAAUAUUAUAUUGAAUUAUCAACCACUUUAGGAGAUUGGACAAUCAAGAAUCCAAACUAUGCAUUCAUUGUCACUGUUAUAUUAGAUUGGAUCAAAAGAACAACUACAACUAAACCAAUCGGAUUUAUUCAAUCAAACACUUCAUUAACAGAAUUGCAAACUUUGGAAAAUCUUGAACAGGAAUUGCGUAACCUUACCAACACAAUCAUUAUUGCAGUUCAGAAAGUCAUUGAAUCACAAACCGCUACCACAACAAUUGAUGAUGACGGAUGGUUCACUACUUCACAACAACGUCUCAAGACAUAUAUCAAAUCACUCCAUCUCAAUACAAUCAUCACAAAAUUACAACGUGUUCUUUCAACCAUCUCAUCAAUUGAACACAACCAACAAUCAUCAGAAAUUACAUCAGCAUUAGUUUCAUUCACAUAUCCGCUCCUCAACCAUUAUUUCAACCUAGUUGUCCAAAUAUUCCACAAGACUCGUGAGAAUUAUCAUCAAACUUCAAAAGCCACCUUUAUAUUAUCUGGGGCUUUAUACAACUUAGCCACCCAAGGGUUCUGUAGUCCAGAACCACCAAGUGAACAAAAACAAGAUGAUAGAUUACAAGAAGGUACUGGACUCGGAGAAGGAGAAGGAGAAAAUAAUGCAUCUAAUGACGUGGGUGAUGAUGAGGAUUUGAGUGAGGAAGCCCAGCAACCAAAUCAAGAAAAGAAGGAUAAAGAUCAAGGAGAUGAAGAAGAGGAGAAUGAUGAUGCGGUUGAUAUUGAAGGGGAUAUGGCUGGAGAAUUGGAAGAAGCAUCAGAUCAAGAAGGUGAUGAUGAGGGAGAUGAAGAUAAAGAAGAUGAAGAGUUGGAUGAGGAGAUUGAUGAUAUUGAUGAUUUAGAUCCGAAUGCUAUUGAUGAAAAAAUGUGGGAUGAGGAAGUGAAGGAGGAUAAGAAGGAGAAGGAUAGAGAUAAAUUGCCGGAGAAUUCUAAUAAUGAUGAUGAUAUGGAAGCCAAUGAAGAUGAUGAGAAUGAGAAUGGUGAUAACAAUGAUAAGAGUAAAGAGAAUGCUCAAGAUGAUGAGAAUGAGAAGAAUGAGGAAGAUGAAGAAGGUGAUGAACAAGAUGUGGGUGAACAAGAAGAUGAAGUGAAGAAUCAAGAGAAUGAACAAUUAGAAGAACAUGUUCCUGAGACUGAAACAUUGGAUUUACCCGAAAAUAUGGAUCUUGAUGGUGAUGAUGAUGAAGAAGAAGGGAAGGAUGAGGAAGAAGUUGAUGAUGAGAAGUUUGAUGAUAAAUUAGAUGAUAAUAUGGAUGUGGAUGAUCAUCAAGAGGAUACCAAACAAGAAGAGGAAGGUGAAGAAGGGGAAGAAGAUCAUGAUAUGCAAGAAGUUGAAGGCGAAGAAGGUGCAGAAGAAGAAGAAGAAAACGAAGAAGAACAACCAGAAGAAGAAGAAGGUGCAACUGGUGAGAAUGAAAUCAAUGAAGAAGCAAUCGAAUCAGAUGAAGAAUUAAUCGGAGAAGACAACACCAAGGACCAAGAUGAAGAAGAAGGCGGAAAUGAUCAAAAUCAAGAAGAACAACAAACCGCAGAAGAAGGUGCUGAUGGUCUUGACGAUAAUAACGAUGAAGACGUAGAUAUGGAUUCUGCAGUCAAACAAGAAUCAGGUGAGAAGGGAGAAGGUGCUGAUACUCAAAUCAUAGAAGAGAAUGAAGAUGUGGGUGCUGCAGGUACUGCAUCUCUCCAACAACAAGAUCAACCACAACAACCAAAAGAAGAGAAUUCUGUUCAAGAACAAGAUGAUGCUCGUGAAAAGGCGAAUGAAUCGUUGAAACAAUUAGGUGAUGCCAUGAAGGAGUUCCAUCGUCGUAGACAGGAGAUUUUGGAAGCAACCAAGAAGGAAGAAGAUGAGAAGAAGGAUGAUGGUGUGAAUGAACGUCCGGAUGAAUUUGAGCAUGUGGAGGGUGAGAAUGCUGAUUUUGAUACUCAGGCUUUGGGAGCUGCUGAUAAAGACCAAAUCCAAUCUAUUGAUGAAGAUAAAGCCAUUGAUGAUGAACAAGAAAUGGUAGAGGAAGAAGAAAAAGAAGUUGGUGUUAAAGAAGAGGAAGAAGUGAUGGAAGGAGAAGAAGCCAAGGAUGAUGUUGAAGAAGUUCCACAAUCGGAAGAGAAUCCAGAUGGUGAUUUUGAAGGAAAGGCCAAGAAUGCAUUUAUUGGAGAACGUAAGACCAUUAAAGAAGAAGAUGAAAUGAUGCUUAGUCGAGAACUUGAACUUGAUGAAGAAGAACAAGAUGAAGAUAUGAUGGAUAUUGAUGAAAUCAAACCUAAAGAAGAAGAAAUUGCACCAAUUCCAUUGGAUGAAGCUCGUAAAUUAUGGAAACAUAGUGAAUUGGCCACUCAAGAACUUGCAUCGGGAUUAUGUGAACAACUUCGUUUAAUUCUUGAACCUACACUUGCAACCAAACUCAGAGGAGAUUAUAAAACCGGGAAGAGAUUGAAUAUGAAACGUAUUAUUCCAUAUAUUGCAUCUGAAUUCAAGAAGGAUAAGAUUUGGUUACGUCGUACCAAACCAUCCAAAAGACAAUAUCAAAUUAUGAUUGCUGUUGAUGAUUCGAAAUCGAUGAGUGAGAGUAAUGCAACAGAAUUGGCAUUCCAUAGUAUUGCAUUAGUUUCUAAAGCUUUGACACAAUUGGAAAGUGGUGGAUUAUCGAUUGUUAGAUUUGGUGAAGAUGUUAGAGUUGUUCAUCCAUUUGAUAAACCAUUUAAUAAUCAAGAAACUGGUUCUCAAAUAUUCCAAUGGUUUGAUUUCCAACAGACUAGAACUGAUAUGAAGUUGUUAUGUGAUAGAUCGUUGAAGAUCUUUGAUGAUGCUAGACUGAGUAGUAGUGCUGAUUUAUGGCAAUUGCAGAUCAUUUUAAGUGAUGGUGUUUGUGAAGAUCAUGAAAGUAUUUUAAGAAUGGUGAGAAAGGCGAGAGAAGAGAAGAUUAUGAUGGUAUUUGUUGUUAUUGAUGGGAUUAAUAGUAAAGAAUCUAUCUUGGAUAUGAGUCAAGUUAGUUAUAUUCCAGAUCCAAAUACUGGAGCAAUGACAUUGAAAGUUGAUAAAUAUUUGGAUAGUUUCCCAUUUGAAUUUUAUGUUGUUGUUAGAGAUAUUAAUGAAUUACCAGAAAUGUUAUCAUUAAUUUUAAGACAAUACUUUUCAGAAGUUUCUAAUAUUUAG